CAGCUUCCUUAGCAACGGCUUGGCCUUUUAAAGGGGCAGUGGCCACCGCCGCAGCCACGCAAGCCUCAGCAGCCCUCGCUGCCAUGGGGCCCAAAAAAGGAAGUGCGGAAGGGGCGAAAAAGAAAGGCAAGAAGGGGACACCAUCACCUAAUCCUGCAGAAGAGGUCAUCACGGAGGAGAUCCGCAAGUUUUAUCAAAUCCAGAUUGAUGACCUGGAGAAGCGGAUCAUUUGGUAUCAAAAGAAGUGGGAUGAGGUGGCGGUGAAGUAUGCACUCUUCCGGGAAAAGUAUGAACAGCUAGCUCAAAAUAAAAAAGAGAUUGUCGCCUUCCUCAAGAAUUCCCUCAACAAACGAGUGUUUGAGAUUACAGACCUCAAUGAACAGCUUCAGGGCUUGCAGGUCUCCAAAGAGGUGGAAAAGGAAGCCUUUGAGUCCCAGCUGGCCCAGGUGCGCCAUGAGUUCCAGGAGACCAAAGACCAGCUCGUCCAGGAAAAUACCAUGCUGGGGAUGAGGCUGAAUGCCCUUGAUGAAUACCGGAUCCAGAAGGAAGACCUCAUGGCCAAAUUUACCGUGCUGGAAGAACAACUCAAGAAGGAACAGGAGGAUUACAAAAAUUGGAUUUACGCCCUGGAGAAGGAUUCUGUGUUAGACAAAGACAGAAUGAAAAAGGAAAUAACCCAUCGAGUGAACAAGGUGGCAAUGGAGUUUCGCAAGGUGUCCGCUCUCCAGAUAGCCGAGACAACCAAGAAAGUAAUCCAGGAGAAUGUGGCAGUGACCACGGAGCUGGCUGAGGUGUCCGACCAAACCCUGCAGCUGUACAAUGAGAAUGAGAAGCUGAAGGUGAACACCAAGGAGAUGAGCAAACAGCUGGACUUGUUGGAGGACAACAAGAAGAUUAUGUCUGCUGUUAGGCUGAAUCGACUCAAGCUGAUAUGGUUUCUGGCUGAAAAGUGUGAGCAACAGCAGCAAAGGAUGGAAGAAUCUGAAAAGAUAAAAGCUGUACUGGAGCAGUUAGAGGUGGCCUUCCAGCAACUACAGCAGGACAACCAUGGCCUGAGGUACGAUUUGGAGCAGCUAAGGAAAGAACUCAGGUCCUAUCAGGCAGAAGGAAAGAAACUUGCAGAGCAGCUGGAAAAUGAAAAGAAGAGAAGUCAGCAGGUGGAGCAGGUGCUGGCCCAAGCUACAUUCCUGCUCCGGGAUCUGUUGAAGAUGCAACCUAAGCCCACUGUGGAAGGCCAGUUUGAUGUGAUCUUCCAGAUGGAGCAGAAGGAGAUGCUGCAACAGCUGAUGUCCUUGCUGAGUCAUGCUGUGGUCCUGGGGCCACAUCUGACUGAGUUCAUAGGAGGCCGACAAAGAACUCAACUUUCCAAUACAGUGCAGGCGAGAUGCAAGGGCUUCAAGCCCCUCCAUCGGAUGACUGACAAAAUGCCAUACAAGCUGUCGUGCCUAAGUGCAAUGUUCCAGCCAUCCUACACUCCCUUCAACCCAAAAGAUAUCCAACUGCUAUCCCAAACCACUCGUCUCAGAAAUUAUAAGAUUUCCUUUCCAGACUCCUUGAGUCGGUUCAAACUGCCUGCUAUCUCCUUGGCCACAAGAAAAAGGAGGAAGGGGAAGAGAGUAAUCUUUUCUACCUCUCCUGUGCGACUAGAAUAUGCAGAAGUGGUCACAGAGGAGGAGCCAGAGGCAGAAGGGGCAAGGGAAGAAGCAGAGGAGGCAGGGGAGGAGACAGAGGAGAUGGCAAAGGAGGCAGAGGAAACAGAGGAGGCAGAGGAGACAGAGAAGACGGAGGAGAUGGAGGAGACAGAAGAGACGGAGGAGACAGAGGAGGCAGAGGAGAAGACAGAGGAGACAGAGGAGACAGCAGAAGAGGCAGAGGAGAAGACAGAGGAGGAGACAGCAGAGGAGGCAGAGAAGACAGAGGAGGAGACAGCAGAGGAGGCAGAGGAGAAGACAGAGGAGACAGAGGAGGCAGAGGAGAAGACAGAGGAGGCAGAGGAGAAGACAGAGGAGACAGAGGAGAAGACAGAGGAGACAGAGGAGAAGACAGAGGAAACAGAGGAGAAGACAGAGGAGACAGCAGAAGAGGCAGAGGAGGAGACAGAGGAGACAGCAGAAGAGGCAGAGGAGACAGAGGAGACAACGGAGGAGGCAGAGGAGGAAACAGAGGAGUCUGCAGAGGAGAAGACAGAGGAGACAGCAGAAGAAACAGAGGAGGCAGAGGAGAAGACAGAGGAAACAGCAGAAGUGGCAGAGGAGGAAGCAGAAGAAGUAGAGAAGGCAGAGGAGGAGACAGAGGAAGCAGAAGAGGCAGAGGAGGAAGUGCAAGCUUCAUCCUUGGAAGACAAAUCUUUAUUCCCCCCAGCAGGGACAGAAGAGUAAUUAAAUGUCCCAUCAAAAAUUGA